UGCUGAUUGCUGGCUGUUGUGAGCAGCUGCCUCUUCCUGCUAUCUGCUUGCUGUCCAUUGCUGUGGUGCUGAAAUCUCUCUCCUAAACACACCCGACAGUUGUUCUUGAAUUGGGAAAUGAAGGUAUAAUGAUGGCUGAACCCACAGACGAUCCAGGAGGGGAUGAGGCCUCAGGGGGAGCAUCUGUGCGGCAGAGAGAGCAUUCUCCAAUGUUGCACCUGGACCUUUAUAACUUUGAGUCCCCAGAUGCAGAAGGAAGUCGUUAUGUGCUGACUAGUCCCCGCUCACUGGAGGCCUGUGCUCGCUGUAUGGUGAAACCUGUAGAAUUACUAUCUAGAAGUCUAUCUGAUCUAGUUAAAGAGGCUCCAGGGCGAUCCAUGCGAGUAGCAACUGGUCUUUGUGAGGUGUACGAGAUAGAAAGACAAAGAAAGCUAAAGAUGUGCAGGGAGGAAAGGGAACGGAUUAUACGUCAAGAGAAGAGGAGAAUUCUACCCUUGGUGCUGAGCAGCAACCUAAGCUCACCAUCAAGCUCAAAAGUGCCUUCUCGGGCUGAACCAGCAUCUGCUACAGAACCUAAAAGAUCUGAUACACUACCUUACAUGGAUCCUCAAAGACGUAAAAAAACACUUUCCAAUGAUACUGAUAGCUACCAAUCCCUACCUUCCAAAGUCACCCAAAGACGUAAUCCUCCUAUCCGCAAAAAGCAAUAUGCCACAGUGUCCAAGACUCAAAAAUGCUCCCAAUCUGAAGAUGCUCAGGGCACUGCUGAUGCAGUGAUCACAGACUCUACUCAUCCUGUCCAAAGAAAGAGUAAAAGUCAGUCUUUGGACUCCCUGCAGAAGAUGAGAGAUGGUGCCUCUGGUAGAACCUCCUCCGAGUCUAUAACAUCUUCCUACAGUGGGGACAGCUCUCGUGGCAGGACAGCACAGUUUAUCCCAAAGUCCAGAACCCUGGACACAGUUAAUUCUCUCUUGGGUAGGAGUUUUAGUCUUGGAGAUCUCAGUCAUUCACCCCAGACAACUAAGAAAGUUGAGAAAAUGGUAAAGGAGGUGAAGAAGAAAGGGAUUCAAGAAUUGCCUCAGAGAGAUAAGAAGAUUGCAGCAAUUAUGAUUGCCAAACAUGAAGAGGAAAACAUCAGGAACGAGCAGCGUUACUGGGCUCACCUACAGUGGGAAACCCAGCGAAGGACUUCAAAUAUAAGAAAGGAGUAUGAGGAAAGGGAGAGACAAAGAGCUAUACUACAAGGACAAAGAAUGCUGGAGUCUCAAGUCAGAAACAGGCGUAAUAAAAUAUCAACAGAGAAUUUGCUCCAUGAGGAGCAGUGGGAAGGAGAGGUGGAAAAACUCAAACGGGAGAAGAUGGUAAAAGGCAAAGUUGAAGGCAAACAAAAGAACUCCAACCAGGUGAAAAGUCAGAAGUCCAAACAACAGAAAAAAAAUGAUGAUCUGGAGCAAAAUGAUGAGUUACUGGAAGAUAAAUUGCUUUUAGCACAGAGUAAGAAACAGGAGAAGGCACAACAACUACAGGUCAACAAAAUACUGCAGAACAAAAUAGAGAAAAUUAAGCACCAGGCACUUCUUCAGGAGUUAGCCCAAAGAGAGGAGUCUGAUAAUGAGGAGCGCAGAAGGACACUUGAGAAAAACCUUCAUAGAACACAGGAAAACGUGGAGCUGCUACUUGGGAAAAGAAACCAAGAACUGAAGAACAGAGCAGAGAGGGAAGAGCUUCAAACCCAGAAAACAAGACAGGCAGCAGAACGGAGAGAGAAGGAGCGUGCAGAGCAUUUAAUUGAACUGGCCAGGGCUGCUGAUAGGAGACUGCAGCAUGCUGCACAAGUAGCCGAUGAAGUAGUGCAGCACAAAGCAAGAAAAGCUGUGGAAAGCCGAUUGGAAAAGGAGAAGGUCCAGAGGGAAAAUCGUCAAAAAGUACUGAAAAGCGAGGAUGUGAAAAGACAGGAACUGCUUAUGUCCAUAGAAAAGAAGUUAGAGCGCAGUGAACAGCUCUUUAAGGAGAAACAGUCUGUGCUUGAAAAUGCACGGUCUGUAGCCAGGGCUUCUUUCAAUUUUCGGGAUAGAGUACGAUCAGAAACAAACACACGUACUUUUGAUAAGAUGGCUCUGGAAGCAGAACUAUAUGCUACCAUUGAUAAAAAAUGAGGUUUCCAGGGUCCGUAGGAACAUACAUUCACCUCUAUGCCAGCUUCUCUUGUUGCAGUAUUCUGGUAUGACAGGACCUCACAGAAUGCUCUCAGACAUCUUCUAAACCACCAGGCAGAUGCAGCAGUAAUGUAUUAAUAUGUUAGAGACAAAAAACAAAGACCUUCCUCAAGGUCAGUAUUAUAUGCAUUAAGGGCAGAACUCACUUCUUUUAUUUAAUUCCCACAUCUAUCAAGUUUAUGGCUAUCAUCAAUGGUAAAAGCAAAUUAUGACUAAUUGUAUUCCCAUUAACAUUUUAUCUUAACAUAAAAUUGAGUGGUUGGAAAUAGGAGCAAGAAAGUUUCCUCAAAAGACAUUUACCAGUGCACGUACACUUCCAGCUAAGUAGGACCUUGCAUUAAGGCAAGAAUGGUACUAUUUAGCAUGUGCAAGACAAGCUGACAUGUGACAACUGUGGCACGCAAAAAGUGUAAUAAGUCUAUACAUCACAAGUAUAGCUUUGUGUUGAAAUAUGGGGUGACACUUAACAAGUAUAUCAUGACUGUACAGGACAGGUUGAUAAACAAGUUCAUGUAGAGCAGGCCUGCCCAACCUGUGGCUCUCCAGGUGUUAGGAAACUACAAGUCUCCACAUGCCUUGUCACAGUUUUCCUAUUAGGGAAUGCUGAAACUUUGGCAGGGCAUGCUGGGAUGUGUAGUUUCACAACAGCUGGAGAGCCUCAGGUUGCCCAGGCCUUAUAUAGAGUCUUCGUAAUUUUCCUCUUCACUGUACAAACUAUGGGGGUUAUUUAGAGUUGUUAGCAAAUAAAAAAGGUUAGCAAAUUGGGCAAAACCAUUCUGUACUGCAGGUGGGGCAGAUGUAACAUGUGCAGAGAGAGUUGGAUUUGGGUGUGGUGUGUUCAAACUGAAAUCUAAAUUGCAGUAUAAAAAUAAAGCAGCCAGUAUUUGCAAUGCACAGAAACAAUAUAACCCACCCAAAUCUAACUCUCUCUGCACAUGUUACACAUGCCACACCUGUAGUGUAAUAUGGUUUUUGCACAAAUGCUAACUUUUUUUGGUUUGCUAGCAACUCUGAAUAAACCCCUAUACCAGUGAUCACUUGCAGAUCACUCAGUAAUCAGAAGCACGGGGAAACAAACUACAGCUAUUUAUUUAUUAUGUUGUAAAUGGAUGUGUCUCUGAAUGUGAAGUCAUCCUGUUUUCAGAGUUCUUUGUCUUAUUUUUACUUAACAGAUCAUUUAAAAACAUAUAGUCCAUAAUUUACAUGUCAGGCUCGGGUUGUGCAUAUGUAACUUCAUAAACCUUGGCUUUCAUGCAGGGGUGUAGCAGGGUGGCUCCAGUGGAGCGCGAGCUCCGGGUGCUGGAAAAGUUAGAGGGCGCGUAGCCACUUGCACCCUUCUCUCCAUCCACUAUACCACGAGCCACUGUACAGGCAGCUGCAGAGCAGGAGAAGCAGAAGGGCGCACACUGACUCGGAGACUAUGUAGGGAACAGGGCAGGCCAUAGGCGACAGCAGGAGACACGGACAACCAGCACAUGCCGGAGCUCUGCUGCCCUCUUUAUAUGUCUCAGUGUCUGCGUGUAGCUGUGCAGCAGGGUUACUUCUGUUCUUCUAUACUACUCUCUGCCCCAGCAGCUGCAGCACCUCUUUCUGCCCCUGCUGCUGCAGCACCUCUCUCUGUCACAGCUGCUGCUGCAGCACCUCUCUCUGUUCCGGCUGCUGCUGCAGCACCUCUCUCUGUUCCGGCUGCUGCUGCAGAUUAACAUGUAUUAGCGGCUCUACUGUGGUGUAACAUGUAUAAAUGGCUCUACUGUGGCGUAACAUGUAUAAGAGGCUUUACUGUGUGGUGUAACGUGUAUAAGGGGCUCUACUGUGUGGCGUAAAGUGACUAACAGACACAAUUUUGGUGUAAUGUGAAUAACGGACAAUACUGUAAGGUGCAAUCUGAAUUGGAACUAUUCUGUGGCCACAACCAUUCCCAUGAAGCCAGGCCCCUAUAUGUUUGUUGCGCGCCUUAGGUGCGUACUGACCCUAUUUUAAACAUGGGGGAAACGUUUGCCCUAAGAUCAACAAGGUCUAGAACCGACCCUGUCACCAAUUUAGAAUUUUUAAAUAUUUUUUCUUUUCAAAUGUAACAUGCCCACAAUUCAAUACAGGGUAGGGAGUGCCGAAACAUACCCUUGCUCCGGGCACCAUGGCACCUAGCUACGGGUGUAGUAUGGUAUGCCGGCGGCCGGGCUCCCGGCGACCAGCAAACCAGCGCCGGGAGCCCGACCACCGGCAUACCGACAGCAUGGUGAGCACAAAUGAGCCCCUAGCGGGCACGGUGGCGCGCUACGCUAUUUAUUCUCCCUCCAGGGGGGUCGUGGACCCCACGAGGGAGAAUAUCUGUCGGUAUGCCGGGUGUCGGGAUUCCGGCGCCGGUAUACUGUGCGCCGGGAUCCCGACAUUCGGCAUACUGAAGACCACCCCCUAGCUACACCUCUGCUUUCAUGUAGUUCUGCAGCAGAAUCAGUUGGUAGCAUUUGCACAUUUUCAUGGGCAGGGCUGAAAAGUUAGCAGUUGGGCAAAGUAUACAUGUCACACUUAUUCAUGAUACAAAUGUCAUUGGUUUUGACAUGAACUGAUAGAUGGUCAUAUUAUGAAUGCUGCUUUUGAUGGGUUAGAACAUACCAGUUGUGUCAAAUGGACAAAGGGCCCGAUCUGGAGAUGGAUGCUACCGUACAGCUGCUGCGAGUUUGUGCUGUGCGAUUAUAUGCAAAUAUCGCAGGAGGAGGUGUCUUGUGUAAAUAUGACGGCUUCUCUGAUCCGCUGCUGCGUCCGGAGACACAGCAUUGGAUUAUCUGCGUGAACAUCGGCCAUCUAAGUAACCCUCAGGUUUCUCAGGAGGAUUGGUGUUUUCACAGUAAAGCUGCUUCCAUGGAUGUAGCAACUGGCCUCAGCAUGGUCAAAAAGUAGGGCCGACUUGCCCCAUUUUCUGAAACACUGGCGGUCUCCGCCCCUUCUCCAUCCCCAAACAGCUGCAGUCUAUCAAUUAAUCUGUGGCUUAGGGGGCAAUACGACCAUCGAUGCAGAAACAGAUCUGCUCAUGCACAGGACACAUAAUGUGCAUGCUCAGAUCGCCUAACAUCGGAGAUGCACAAAGCAUCGGGUUUGCACAAAUCUCUGAAUUUGGCCCACAGAGCAGAAGAGCCCAUAUAAAAAUUUUUACCUUCAUUAGUUAUAUUGUGAGUUGUUGUUUUUUUUUUUUACAAGCCCCAAAAGCAAAUAAUAAAACGUUACCAAGCACAAUCUCACAAUAUCCAUGAUGUAUAAAUGUAAAGUACAUCCAAUUUGAAUGCAUAGAGCCUGUCUGUGGUAGUAACUGCUGUCUUAUAUGCAGAGAUACAGUACUGUUAAUUUGUGUGGUUCUUAUCAAGAACAAGGUUUGUCAGUGUGAACGCACUGAAUGAUUAACGGAAUGUGCAGAUGCAGGUCUGGAUUUCAUAAGGCGGCUCUUUUCCCGCACAAUACUUAUGUACAAAAGUGUACUGAGAAAAUCCAAAAGAAUGAACUGAUGAAAGUAAACCCGAGGAGGGAAUGAACUGUGUAGAAAAGUGCCACUGUGUAUACUGCAUAGUGAUAAGAACAGUGGCGGAUCUUGCUACGGGCACACAGGAUUUUUGCCCGGGGCACCGCCUUCCGGAGGGCGCCGCCGCCAUCCGGAGGGCGCCACCGCCGUGGCAAGAUCCGCUACUGGUGGUGCCCCCUGGUGCUGCGCGGUGCUGUGCUGUCACUGCUGUGUGUGAUUACGUCAUUGCACACCGCACGGCAUUGUGGGACUGGCACAUAGACGCUAGGGGUCAUAAUUGACCUCUAGUGUCUAUGCUGUGCUAUGGGAGGGACGUCCUGAUGUCUCUCCCAUAGAUCCGAGGAGCGGUGCCGGAGACCGGAGACGGAGGUCAACAGCGGUCGGGAAUCAGGAGCGGGGAUGGUAAGAAUUAAUUAUUAUUUUUUAUUUUUUUGCAAGUGGCACAACUCUACUGGGGGCACAAACGGGGCACAACUCUACUGGGGGCACAAAUGGGGGCAUAACUCUACUGGGGGCACAAACGGGGCACAACUCUACAGGGGGCAUAACUGACCAUGCCCCUAUUUUCGCCUGGGGUGCCACAAGGGCUAGAACCGGCCCUGGAUAAGAACACAAUUAUGUAAAAAUUACAAAUAUAAACAUAAAUACGUAUAUAAAUAUAAAUACAAUUAUAUAAAACCAAAGACAGCGCAGAGGCAGGGGGAGUAGUAGAGUAAGAUAGAGACUCACUGCAGCUUGUAGUGAUGGAUGACACAGGUGGAGUAGGGACAGUGGCAGCACUUGUGAGUGGUGGGCCCAGGUGUAAAAAUAUAAUCCUCCCCCCCUUCCUUCUGCACCCCAACCCAAAUUCACAAUGUGUCACACAGCACUGGAUGACGAGGAGAGGCCGAGGGUGACAUCGUAAGGCAAAGAGAGACAGUGGUUGACAGCAGAAGGGAGGGUGAGGCAGAGGGUGACAUGGGGAGGCAGUGGGUGACAGGGGUACAAGCACAAUGUCCUGUAUGGUGUGGAAAACAGGGGACAUGUACCCUGGUGGGGGCAGAAACACAGAGGCCUCUGCUCUGUCUGUGACAGGAACCACCACCCUUUGUACUUUACUCAGCCAGGCAGACUCUGACGGUGCCAGUUACACCAGUUGUGGCUGCCUUUAAUUCACAGACAGCAGUGAAUAAAAAAAAUAUACAGUUGACUGUUAUUAGAGGCAGUAUGUGGCUGUGAUCAUCUGCGCUGAUAGGUGGCAGGACUCUUGUGUCAGUUCGCAUACCUCCCAACUUUCAUGAUAUGCCAUUCAGGACUCCUGCGCAGCUUCACCUCCCGCUAUGCCUCCCAGUGUCCAUCACUUUAGGGGCAUACCCAGCGCUCUGUGAGCUGCUGGCAUGCCCCCAGUCCCUUUGACUGCCAUGAAUAGACUUACUGCUGCUCUACAGCUGAGCUGCGUGUGAUAGAGAGCCUCCCUACUGACACUGCGGCCCGCUGGUGGGACACAGGGACAGUCCCAAAAAACAGGACUGUCCCGCAAAAAUCGGGACAGUUGGGAGGUAUGAGUUCGGCACACACAAGGUCAGCCCUGCCUCCCAAAGGUAAGGGGCAGGUCCCUCAGACAGUGGUGCCCACCCUGCUCUCUGCACUGAGCCAUUUAUCCGGCAUUGCUCAAAAUGGUCUGCGGGGAGCCAGGGGAUAACUCAUUGCUGGUCUGGGCAGCAGUGGGCCCCUUAGUCCUCAGGGGCCCCGGUGCAAUGCACCUUCUGCACCAAAUAGUAGUUCCACCCCCGAGUAGAGUGUAAACAGCACUCAAUGGAGGCAGUUCAGUUUGAGGCGAUGGCCCUUAGUUUCAACUGCCAACACCAAGGUUGUAGAAUUUUCCUCACACUCCAAAGAGUUGUGCAGGAAAAUCUGUGAUGUUGGAUUACUAUAAUUACAAGUGAUAUGUGCAUCCACACAUUGCUUGGAAUUGAAUUAGCCCUAAUGAGCCUAUACCCACAAAGUGGGCAGAUAGACAGGAUCAGUGAGGUUGGAGAUGUAGGAGUGAGGGAAGUGAGUGAGGGCUUUAUAAAUGAAAAUAAAGAGUUUAAGUGAGGGUUAGAUGGAUGAGGAGCCAGUAACUCGGCUUGCAGAGGGGAACGGAUAACACACAUGUAAGCGGGGACUUAUGGUACAGUGUAGUGGUAACAAUAACAACAUGUAGAGAGAGUAGGCUUAGCAGGUUUUGUAGAGGGGUAAAUAGGGUGAGAUUGUUUUUAGAAAUACUGAGUAUGAGAAAGUGCUGGGGCAUAGGAGGUAGCAUAAAGACAGAGACAGGAGAGAGUACGGAGGGAGCAACACUGUGGUAUUUAUAAUGGGUGCAGUAUGUGCGGUGCACACAGACCCCCGGGAUACUGGGGGGACCACAUCGCACACCCUGCACCCAUUAUUUGUAAUUCUUACCCUCCGGAUUCCCACAGCAAAGCAGCAGCACUGCAGGAAUCACUGGGAAAAUGACACUGAGCCAUUUUCCCGGUGUUUUGUGCAUGCACAGUAGGAAAACCACUGAGAAAAUGGCCACUGCACCAUUUUUCCAGAGAUCUGCGCAUGUGCGCUAGACUUUGGGACAGCGCUAGGGUCCCCUAGGGACCCUAGUUCCCAGAGUCACAGCGCUGCCGCCGGCUAGAGAGUAGAGGGCCCCGACAGCCUGCACACGGACCUCCUCCUCUUUCCCCAGGGAGCGACGUCAUGGGAGGAGAGGUGAAUUUUGGUUUCAUCAGCAUGGAAGUAAAAGUAGGUGAUGAGAUCUCUAAUGAAGGAGAAAAGGGGGACAAGAACAGACCAUGGAGAUUACUAACAUGAUACCAGGGCUGAAACUAGGAUUUCUGUCACCCAGGACAAGGCAGUAAUAUGCCCCAUCCCCCCCCCCCCCCUCCUCCCCGAAGCCAGAUAAGUAAUUUUAUCUUAUGAAAAUGUAUAAUAAAUACGUACAAUAAACUUUGCUCUUGACCUGUAUACAAUGAGCAGGUUGCUGUGCAUUAAUAUGUUUAGUCAUCUGGUAGAUCAGAGGAAAGUGAUAUGUAGAAAUUAAAGCAAUAGGUGUAUUUAAGACAAUAUUAAUUUAUUUCAACGUGACACAGUGGUGCUGAUGAUGAGUGCGCCAUUCUAGGUAAUGUAUGCGUGUGUGAAAUCGCUCUGCACAUGUCUAGAACAGCGGGUGCACAUAUAUGCAGAUUUGUGUCAUUCUGACACUGAUGUCGCUUGUGGCUGGAUAGACAUGACAGAAGUACAAUAACAAUGGGGAUAAUUCUGAGUUGAUCGCAGCAGCAAGUUUGUUAGCAGUUGGGCAAAACCAUGUGCACUGCAGGUGGGGCAGAUGUAACAUGUGCAGAGAGAGUUAGAUUUGGGUGGGUUAUUUUGUUUCUGUGCAGGGUAAAUACUGCCUGCUUUAUUUUUACAGUGCAAUUUAGAUUGCAGUUUGAGCACACCACACCCAAAUCUAACUCUCUCUGCACAUGUUAUAUAUCUGCUCUCCCCCCUGCAGUGCACAUGGUUUUGCCCAACUGCUAACAAACAUCCUGCUGUGAUCAACUCAGAAUUACCCCCAAUAUGUGUGUGAUCUGUUAAUAGUUGUAGGAAGCCCUAUAUGUCUCUGAGAAAUGAAUAUUGUGUGAGGGUGGUUGGGGGCAGGUGAGAAUAAUGGCUUAUGGUGAUUCCCAGCACUGGCGCUUAUGAAUGAUAGUUGCUGAUUGACGACACGUAUGGGACAUUUUUACUCAUUUUCAUGGAAUAUAAUCAGUAUAUUAAUCAAUAGGAAUCUGAUACAUUUCUGCUGUAAUGGGGCGUUCUUGCGUAGGGUAGAGAGCAAGUUGACAGAAAUGUGCAGAUCUGUGCAUACCCGUGAUUACACCUGUUUUUGGAUAGGGCUGGGGAAAGUUCACACUGAUAAUGGUGUCAGCAAUUAAGUCAAGUAUACAUAUAAGGUAGUCAUGCCACCAAAAUGAGCAGAACUCUGCAUAUUGGUGAAUAUACGCAUUAUUAUGUGUACAGAAUGUAUUUACAGUCAACUAGCAACUAGAGUUGUGUGUAUAAAUCCAUGCUGCCCUGCAGAGAGGAGGGAAUGAAGAUGUAACGUGUGCAGAUAGAUUUGGAGUUGGAAGAAGAAGAGGGUGCAUCCUAGCUAGCAUUACCAGUGAACAGGUAGUUUUUUUUCUCAUAGCUACAUUGAUUCAGUCUCAAGGUGUGUACAGUACACACGGUGAGAUUCGGGCUAACCCCUAAUCUCACUAUGCGACGGGGACUAAGUCGGUAUCGCAAGCACAUAAUGACUGAGGAGAUAGUCAAAAUUGACUUUCCUUGACUGGUCGACAUGAGUUAAGUCGUCAUACUUUGGAUCGACCACGUUUGGUCGACAUGAUCAUUAGGUCGACAUGAAACAAAGGUCGACAUGUUUUUUUUACUUUUUUUGUGUUGUUUUCUUCGUAAAGUGACGGGGAACCCCAAUUAGUGCACCGUGACCCCUCGCAUGGCUCACCUCGCUCUGUUACCGUUCCCAAUUGUAGUCCACAUGGAUCGUUACUUAUGAAAAGGUCAAAAAAAUUGGAAAAACUCACGUCGAACUUUUUCCAUGUCGACCUAAUGACCAUAUCGAUCUAGUGAUCAUGUCGACCUAAUGCAUGUCGACCAAACGUGAUCCACCUAAUGCAUGUUGACCACACGUGGUCGACCCAAUGUAUGUCGACCUAACUCGUCAACCUAAUGACCGCCCUCCGUUCUAGUCUGCCGUCAAAUUCUCUGUUUCUGUGUAAUACUCAUGAUAUUCAUAGUCACCAGCUAUUAGUACAUACUGCCAUUUUAUGAACAGGUUUAAUAGUAAUAAAUAAGCAUGGUAUAUUACAUAUAUUAAGUGCCUUUACAUGUUUUUGGCUAACUCUAUAUAUAUUUUAUUGUUAAAAUUAGUUUUAAGAAGACACAGCCACACCCACAGCCAAGUAUUAAGUCAUAGAGGUAAAUUUACUAAGAUGGGAGUUCUAUUUAAGAUGGGAUGUUGCCCAUAGCAACCAAUCAUAUUCCAGGUAUUAUAUUCUAGAAGGUGUUAGAUAAAUGAGAAGUAGAAUCUGAUUGGUUGCUAUGGGCAACAUCCCAUCUUAAAUAGAACUCCCAUCUUAGUAAAUUUACCCCAUAGUCUGAAAAGCUGCAUUAAGUCUUUGUAAAUGGUCAAUUCCACUGAAAUUUGUUAAAACAACAAUAGAAAACAUUAAAGCAGAAUCUUUUGGCAACAUAACUUUUGCGAAUCCUAUAUAAUAAAAGGCUAACACUGCACCUCACCUCUAUGGGGGGAAUUCAAGUGUUUUGCACGCCGGCGGCCACUAGAUGGCACCCAACGGAGCAAUUCAAUUGUUGAUCAAUUCGGGUGCGCACAGCUGCCGGCGUUGACAUUACUGUUUUGUUGUUCAACAUUUUGAGGGUCUGGUAACUAGUUGCGUUACAAGGGCGGUAUUCAAUUGUUUGAAAAGUCAGUUGGGUGUCUGUUUUUUCCUAUCUAAUAGACAGGAAAAAACAGACCCGCAACCGACUUUUCAAACAAUUGAAUACCCCCCUAAAUGUUCAGAGCACAUUUAAGGUGAAUUUUGAUAUGGCCAGAGCACCUUUGUGUCUUCAAGUAGUCAGCGAUCAUAUAACCUUUAUUCAUAUUACAGUAAUGUUCUUAGCAGUAGAGAGUAUUUUAGCAGAAGAGUGAGCUGGUUUUGUGGGAGGCUGCACCCUGUCCACUCAUGAUUACGGCCUAAUUUACGGGCCUGAUUCAGAGGGUGGACUCAAAUGUCACCUCCGCUACGUCUUUGUAGUAUGUACAGAGCAUCUGUGCAACAAAAUGGAAAUGCUGCAGUAGGCAGAUGAUCUGCUGCCUGCGUCCACAGACGCAGCCUCUGGCUUUGGCAUGCCCAUAAAAUUAGUCUGUUGCCUCCAUUUUCUGGAGUGCGUCUUGUAACUGCCCCAAAAUGCCUGCAGCCACCAAUCUGGAUGCAACUUACAGGGAGCUGUGGCUACGGUGCAUGUGCAGUCCUCAAAACAUGUGUCAUGUGUGACCGGAUCAGGACUGAAUCCAUGGCCCCUAUAUCCAGGAAGUCAGGGCUGAAUGUGUUAUUCUUCACAGCUGUUCCCAUAUUGAGGGUGCCCCUUCAAUGCCAAGAAUACCAGCGUCAGGUGGCAUCGAUGGGGAAUUUUUAUGGGAGGGCUUUUGAUGACCUCAUCCCCAUGUAACAUGACCAUGCUUGUGUUGGCAUACAGUGACAUAGUUCGCAUCCUGAUCAGAUUAGGAAAUCUACAAAUUGUGAGGUCUGAAAUCAUAAUGUGAGGCCGGGAGGCGAGCAGGAAACCAGAGACUGAGAAACAGUAGAAGGAGCAGGGUCCUCCACAAGAGAUUAAUGCCGCGAGGUCCGUGUCACACUGAUGCAAGAAUAUUGCAGGGUAACACACCACUAUAUCACACUUGCCUGCUAUGUUUCUGUUCCCACCUGGGGGGGAAAUGCAGGUGACUUCGGUGAGGACAGAGCAAACCACCUGAGGUGCAAUGCUGCAUCAUCACACAGGGAGCAGAGCCGCUGAGACUUCCAUCAUCUCCUGCGGUACUGGACACUGACCUGCUCUCCCGGACCGUUCCAAGGGAGUAGGCAUGUGUGCACUAUGGGGGUCAUUCCGAGUUGUUCGCUCGUUAUUUUUUUCUCGCAACGGAGUGAUUAGUCGCUAAUGCGCAUGCGCAAUGUCCGCAGUAUGACUGCGCCAAGUAAAUUUGCUAUGCAGUUAGGUAUUUUACUCACGGCAUUACAAGGUUUUUUCUUCGUACUGGUGAUCGUAAUGUGAUUGACAGGAAGUGGGUGUUUCUGGGUGAAAACUGUCCGUUUUAUGGGUGUGUGCGAAAAAACGCAGCCGUUUCUGGGAAAAACGCGGGAGUGGCUGGAGAAACGGGGGAGUGUCUGGCCGAACGCUGGGUGUGUUUGUGACGUCAAACCAGGAACGAAACUGACUGAACUGAUCGCAGAUGCCGAGUAAGUGUGGAGCUACUCAGAAACUGCUAAGAAGUGUCUAUUCGCAAUUCUGGUAAUCUUUCGAUCGCAAUUUUGAUAAGCUAAGAUACACUCCCAGUAGGCGGCAGCUUAGCGUGUGCAAAGCUGCUAAAAGCAGCUUGCGAGCGAACAACUCGGAAUGACCACCUAUGUGAAACAAAAUGUAUUCAUCCAACUUAGCAAAACAGAAAUUUGAUUUUCCAUUUGUAAUAAUUUGUCAGCAAACGUCUCCAUGCAGUGCAUUGUGAACCAUCUUCCUUAUAUACUGUGACAUAAGACCCAUGGUAAAGCCCCUGAAGCACACACUGAGCAUAGAGGCUUGGAAUAACCCAUAGAUAUGACAUCACGGUUCUUAGUGCAAGUCACUAAAUAAUGUCUAGAAAUAAAAAUAUGUCAGUCUUAUGUAUUCCAUAUGUACCCCACAGCAGUAUAGGGUUCUUUAUCAUUUGUAACAUUACACAGUGCUGUGAGAGUUCGAUGAAUGAUUUGUUGAAAUCUGAAUAUCAUAAUACUUGCAACCCCGUCGUGACAAUAGAUAACCUUCACCAACUAAUAAAGUUGCUGCACUGUUUACUGCCACGCUCUUCUCGCCUGUACUUGUAUCUGCAGACAGUAGCCACACCAGACAGCAAUGUACACCAACUGUGAAGCGCUUUAUGGAAGCUGGAGCAGUGACUUCUCUGUUAAGCACAUCAUUUUGUACAAUAAAUUUGCACUGUUUGUUGAUUUAUAUUGGUUUGUGAAAUAUUCUAUUUGUAUAAAUAAACUGACAAUUACUUAG